UUAAAUACAAGCCCCCUGUAAACAACACCAGCACCGCGGAAUCAAACCCAUACCUGGAGGAGGAAAUUAAGAGGCGGAUCUGCCUCUCGAUUGCCUUGGUGUCGCCGCCGCCAUGGCCGUCGCCAAGAGCAACAACAAGUCCGACAGCAAGCACGGCGCGCCGCUGCUGGGGAAGUACGAGCUGGGCCGCCUCCUGGGCCGCGGCACCUUCGCCAAGGUUUACCACGCGCGCUGCCUGGCCGGCGGCGAUUCCGUGGCCGUGAAGGUGCUCGACAAGCCCGGGCUCGCCGCGACCGGCAUGGACGAGGCGCGCGUGCUGGGUGAGGUGGCCGCCAUGCGCCGGCUCCGGCACCCCAACGUGCUCCGCCUCCACGAGGUUCUCGCCACGCGGUCCAAGGUGUACCUCGUCAUGGAGCUGGCCACGGGGGGCGACCUCCUCUCCAGGCUCGCAUCCCUCCCUUCGCGCCGCCUCCCGGAGCACGCCGCCCGGCGCGUCUUCCUCCAGCUCGCCUCGGCGCUCAUCUACUGCCACGCGCGCGGCGUCUCCCACCGCGACGUCAAGCCCCAGAACGUGCUCCUCGACGCCGAAGGGAACCUCAAGGUCUGCGACUUCGGCCUCGCCGCGGUCCCGGAAUCGCGCCGCGACGACGGGCGCCUGCACACGGCCUGCGGGACGCCCGCCUUCGCGGCGCCCGAGGUGCUCCGCCGCAAGGCCUACGACGGGGUCAAGGCCGACGCCUGGUCCUGCGGCGUCAUCCUCUUCGUCCUCCUCGCGGGGCACCUGCCCUUCGACGACUCCAACAUCGUCGACAUGUGCAGGAAGGCGCACCGCCGCGACUACGUGGUCCCGGGCUGGGUGUCGCAGCCGGCGCGCCGCCUCGUGGGCCGCCUGCUCGACCCGAACCCGGCCACGCGCCUCACCGUCGCCGAGCUCUCCAGCCACCCGUGGUUCAAGCGCUCCCUCAGCCUCGACUCGCAGCUCGGCAGCCUCCUCGGCGGCGCGCCAGAGCGGGACCUCCUGUUCCAGGCCCCGCCGGCGCUCAACGCUUUCGACAUCAUAUCCAUGUCGCCGGGGCUCGACCUGUCUGGACUCUUCGGCGAGAACCGGCGGAGCCGGGAGAAGAGGUUCAUGACGACGGCGUCGCCCGAGCAGAUCGUUGAGCGGCUCGGGCAAUCGGGGGCGAAGCUCGGGUACUUCAUGGUGGGGAAGAAGGGAGUAGAGCGCCUGCCGCUAGGCGGCUUGUCGGGGCUCGUGGCCAUGUCCAUGGAGAUGUCAGAGGUGGCGCCCCCUCUGAUGCUCGUCGAGCUGAGGCUUGAGGCCGGCGAUGAUGACGAAGUCCAGGCGUUCGGAUGGGACGAGCUUAGGACGGAGCUAGGGGGCGACGUAGUCAUGGCGUGGCACGGUUGCGAGGAAUUGCGGGCGGGCGCGGGGGGAGGCGCGCUCGGGUGUAAGUGCCUGUUCGGUCUCGGCGUGCCGGAGAUGGUCGUCAUCGCCGGCGUCGCGGCGCUGUUGUUCGGGCCCAAGCAGCUCCCGGAGAUCGGUCGCAGCGUCGGCAAGACCGUCAAGAGCUUCCAGCAGGCAGCCAAGGAAUUUGAAUCGGAGCUGAAGAAAGAACCAGAAGAUGGUGGCGACCAGCCUCCGCCUGCGACCCCCACGGCGGUUAGCAGCGACGGUGAAGAGCAAAAAGGGCUAGAAUCAUCUGGUAGUAAAGAAAGCGCAUGAGGACUGCCUGAGGGUCACGAGCUAGAAGAAUUGUGUAGUAUGUAAAACUGUUUGAUGCGUUUCUUUUGACUGGCGGCACAUUGUACCCUGUUUUUGAUGUUCUUGCAGGCUAUAUAGCGAUAUUAUUUGUACCCAGGAAAAAAUGUCUGGAAAUACCAUGUUCUUAAUGCAUGAGGCUGAUCGUGUGCAUCAAUUUGGACAACCUUACUGCAGUCAAGAAGUGUGGCUGAUGCAAA